CUUCCCCUACCACACCGCCAUCUUACUCGUUGAAGUCGUGUCCUGGAACAUAGACUUACAGAACUGUACGCCAUGGGUGGGCCAGAUCUAUUUGUGCUGUGCGACGUGCAUCCAUUGCACAAAUUGGAAGCCUUGGGCAUCCCCAAUUUUCGUUGAAAUUGACCACUGCACUUUACAAACUCUCAAGCCUCUCUCAUCGAAGCUGGCAUAGGCCUUUUCCGCAGCCUCUGAAUCUGUCCUGCAGACGAGGUGACCGUAUUUGCUCAAGCCUCGAACUAAGGCCUAAGCUACGAGAGCGCAAGCACUCAUCUUUACCACACUCCCUGCAUGACCAUGGAUCUAUUCAAUAUCGCAGAACCAGCCGGCUCCGCCAAUGCGAGGGAGAAUGCAGACGAGGUUGAAGAUACCGCGGGUUUGUCGUGCGAGAUGAAGACAUAUGUAGCAAGGGACUGGGCCACAGGCGGGAUACAAACCACCCUGGAAGGAGCUAUCCAGAGGUUUGGAUACAAACCAAAGGAGAAAGAUCACGACUCAGCGUUCGUCUUGACCAAACAUUAUUUCAGAGACAAUAAGGUGGCUAGUCACACACAGUUGGAAGUCAGAUCGCCACAUGUCAGAGCAGCUUUGCGUGCAGUCAUCAAAGAGUACCCCGGAGUAACAUUUGAUAAGGCAAGAAUCAUCAUGCGCGACGAAACGAGGUGCCUAUUCCAUUAUCGCAACGAACUUCGGGAAUAUGGGCUCCGUUUGGACGACGGUGUUGCUGUGCAACAUCUUGUCUUUAUUCUGAAUUACAUGUACAAAAGUCUCGAGAGUGAGAUUUCGAGCUACUACACUUUCAUGGAAUCUCCAUCUGUCGCUCCGGGCAUAGACAGCAAACACCUCUGGAUGGCUUUCCGUCCCGGCGAUCUCAUUUACACCAAAAUGGACGGCGUUGACAAAAUUGUAAGACUCAAAUCUACGAGCGGCGGAAGGGGACAUAGCCUUUUGCUGCAGGCAGAAGACAUUCAAUACAAUGGAACGGAUUAUGGGCGUUGCAAAGUGGAGUUAUAUAUCAACGGUUACAUGGGAUAUAAACCCUUGGAAGAGCUCCGAUCCUGCCCUCUACAGUAUAUGCAAUGCAAAGACGCCAUCACCGCUUCGUUGAUCACUAGAGGCAGGAAGUUCCUCGGAUUGCGCGGAGUCCACCACCGACAUUACGAGGGACUUGCGGAAACGUUGUCUCCAUUUCCCGUAAUGGCCUACGAUAGCGAGGAGGAAUACUCCUACCCUCGCCAAUCAUUAAUGAUUAAGAGUCGCGUCAUGAUUGAUUCCACCAAAUUUGGCGAAAUGAGACCACAAUACAAGAAACGUAUUGCCCUCGAGGAAGCAAUCAAAACUGGGCCAGGAGAGCAGCCUGAACUCUCAGAGGAAGAAUUACUAAUAUGCAGCCACACAAUUUCUGGAUUCUCUCUUGCCAAUAAAAGGUGGUGCUUUCUUUUGCUAGACGCCAUCCAGGACUUUGAAUACAACACUAGGGCUUUCGAACUUUUGCUCCUCGCUCCGCCCCAGAAGAAGAUGAUCCAUUCUCUGAUCAAGAUAUACAAGGAUGGCAGACUUGAUUUUGAUGAUAUCAUCAAAGGCAAAGGCAAAGGGAUGAUAUUCUUAUUUCAUGGUGAACCAGGCGUUGGCAAGACCCUAACGGCUGAAGGUGUGGCAGACUAUACACAACGGCCCCUUUACACUGUGACGACGGGUGACCUUGGAGUAGAUUCUUCAAAGAUAGAACGCGUCUUGCUUGAGGCGCUGCAGCUGGCCGCACAUUGGAAUGCCAUUGUGCUUAUCGACGAAGCAGAUGUAUUCCUGGAACAACGCAGCAGUCAUGAUUUGACUCGAAACGGCCUCGUAGCAGUCUUUUUGCGUGUCCUUGAAUACUACGAGGGCAUGAUGAUCCUCACCACAAAUCGCAUCUCAACCUUCGAUGCCGCAUUCAAGUCCCGCAUUCAUCUCGCAAUUAAAUAUCCUGCAUUGUCAUUCGCCUUCCGUCGAGACCUUUGGGUCAUGUUUGUUACCAACGUACAUACACGCCCUCUGCCGCUUUGGUGGGAUGAUGAAUUUCUCAACAGCGUGGCUGCGGAAGCGCUCAAUGGCCGACAAAUCAAAAACGCCAUCCGCACAGCGUACGCCUUAGCCAUUGCUGAUGGUAGCGAGCUUCGUCCCGAAGAUAUCAGAAUGAGCUUGAAGUCCAUCAAGGACUUUGAGGAGGAUUUCGCGCAAGACGUUGUUGAGGCCGGGAGGGAUGUCGAUGUUACUGGACAAGGUGUUGCAGCUUCAGAUCACAGAUCGAAAAGGCAGAGGCAGGAAUAACAAAUGAGUUUUCAUCUCUAAUGUCAGGCGGAAAUUUUCCACUAGAGCUCUUAGUUAUGGUCACGCUAUUGCUUCUUGUGAAAUGUUUAAGUAUAGACACUAUUGGAGAGGAAGCAACUGCAGAUGCUGCGACUAUAAAUGCACUGAUAGGGGGAUGAUAAGGAACAAAAGAAUAAUCAAAAGGCAGUUAGGGAAUUGAAUGUAUCUCUUUCAUCUCUUGCAAUUAAAUCGCAACGUUUUAGAGAGUGGUACAAAUACUUAGAGAGUUUAUGUCAGUUGGAAAUCACGUAAUAGUCCUUCAGCUUGUCAGGGGUCCUACUUCAGCUUGUCUAGGAUCAGCUCUAAGGGAUGGAAUCCUAUAGAACAGGCUGGUUUAUAUAUAUAGCUGCUUUUGCACCUGCAGAACAGAGCUCUUCAAUCGAG